AUGGCGAAGAAAAUGUUUAUGUGUUGGAUUAUUUAUCUUAUAUAUUUAUCAUCGUAAGUAUAUUUAUCGCGUUUUUCUCUUUUUCUUACAAACACUGAACGGAGGUUGUGAACCGGGUUUGGAAACCCUAAAGUUGGAAAAGUUACAUCGACACUGUUUUCAUUUUAUUCACAGAUGUCUGGCUUUACCUAUGAAAGAAAUUUCUUCAUUUUCUGGAGUAAGUACUUGUUAUGUUUUGUGGCUUUCAAUUCACAAUUUUUUACGAUCGACUGUAUACCGAACAGGUUCUUCAAAUUAAAACAGCGGCCACAAGUUGGACAUACCUCACUUAAACACGAAUUAGCUUAACGUCAAAUUAUUCACGCAUUCAUUUUAGCACGUUUACAGAAUGUUUUUUAAAUGGACUCGAAAUUUCAUCUAUUUUUAAUUUAAUUGGCAAGACCCGAGUAAACUGCCAUUCAAGUCGAUUUGCCUCAAAGAAUUUAGGAUAUUUGACCAAUAUCGUGAAGUUGUCUAUUAUGCAAAAUGAACUUAUCUGCCUCGCAUGGGAACCACUUCAAAAACACGUCACCUUUAACUCGCAGCACGGGAAGUGACAAUUUUGUUGUUGAGGAAUUCAGUAAUUCAAAUUGAUCUGGAUUAAGACCGAGCGACAGGGGGUCAACAAUAAUCACUACACAAUGGCUAUUUUAUGGAUAGGCAGUAAAGGACUACCUGGUGAAUGGCUGGGAAAACACUUGUUUUUCUUGGCAAUUCACAACAGCAUUGUCACGCUUGUCAGAGCUAAUCGCAACAAGAUGCUCGCUCGCGCGCCCCUUUUCAACACCCACGCUGACCGUGGAACAAACACGCGCGCGAACCUCGUAGCUCCUGCAGCGAUCGAUAUGUACUUUGACGCCUUUGUCUGCUUGUGAAGGCGGUAAUUACUAAACGCCGAGAAAACGAACUGAUAUGUCCGGCUCACAUUGUCCGCCAGUUUUACCGAAACCACAGCAAAGAACGAAACUGGGCCGCAAAGCUGAGUGACAUUUCGGUAGACUAGCGGCAGUAUCUUCAUAUUAACGACUGUUUGCACUUCUUCGUUUGUUUAGGACACCCAAGCGUUAGAGAACAGUGGAAUCAACCCCAAGCACGUAGUAAAUAAUCGCAUGGGCGUGUGGAGGUACAAACGAGUGUACUCGAGAAACAGUCGCAAGUUCCUUCGAAUGUACAAUGGAACUAUAGACGGCUUGGGAGACCAACAUGAUCCAAAUGGUGAGUAAGCUAGUUAGAAACGCUGCACGCGGUGAUCUAACUGGGACCGGACCCUUCAGAUGUGCGAAUUAUACGAUUGUUAAUUCAUGGUGACGGGAGAAAGCGGAAUGCCAUAUUCUUUUAUUUACAUCGGCUUCUCAAAAAUUACCAGUCUAGUUUACACAGAUUUGACAAGCGCGCGCGGCAGCGGGUGCCGAGCGGUAAUUUCAGAGAAGCACACGUCGGUCAAACAAGCCUAGUAAACUGUCUGUGUAAAUUCCGCGGUGAUUUCAAAGUUCAAGAUCUAUAAUAUGAAACUGCCGAUGUACGUUUCUGUUUGCCGGCGAUCUGUAAGAUCAUUGCUUAAAUUACUAGGUUCCAAGCUGUGGGUUUUACCGCCAGAGGAAAACAUUAAUUUCACUGAAGUACUUACAAGUGUAACAUGAUUGUGAUGGUUUACUUAAUCGCGUGUCAGUAAGGCACAUGUAGUGGAAUUUGCACGCUUGGCCAGAGAAGGCCAAUAAAGCCGGUUGUGUACAGUGACUUUUUCAAAUUACGGAAAAGGUGCGGAACGAGAUCAUUCCCUUUCUCCGUGCUACUGCCUAGCUGUUGGAACACUGAGCUCCACGCGUGUACUAGUUCAAGAGCAUACUAGCGUGACAGCUAUAGUGAUCCAGCUUGAUUUGCUAUGCCUACUUAUGUGACGAUAUUAUCAUUUGUUUUGUAGUCAAGAUCAUGAUGGAAUCAGUAGGAACUCAAAUUAUAUUGAAGUCAUACGACGGAAGUGUAUGUAUCUGCGUCGAUGACCACGGAGUGGUGAUAGCUCGGGUAAGUGAUUUUCAUCAAACUACCACUGUAGCAUUCGACCUCAGCUCACCCUCGUCAAUUACCUAUGCUCAGCCAUCGCCUCCUGGGUCUAGCUAGAGGAACAUGCUUUCAGACACAAUUGUAUUAGCAGUCUAGCUCCCUGGUAUUAAUGGGUUGUUUAGUUUUCUAGUGCCGCCUCAAUAUAUCGAGCAGUCUGUUGACGAGCGAUCGUCACUCUUUUCUAAAAGAAAUCCAGCGGCUGUCUUUGUUGCAUAUACAUUUUUACAACUUUGCAAAUUGAGUAUCGAGAGACAUAACAAGAUAAUUGGAUACAUGUGACCGCAAAAUCGUCCAGAUACAUAUAUCUCAUCGUAGUGGUCGAGGUUUAUACUCUAUAAUUGACAUUUAAUUACGCCCCCUGAGGCGCGAUUCAGUGGGGUUAGCGAAUUUGGCACCGUUGUAUUUUGUGGCUUGGCUCUGUUUUAAAAGUUUCGUGAGCCUCAUAUGCUGUAACAAAAAUUGGGGAAAAACAAUGAACAAUAGCAUGCGAAAAGAGGGAGUUGAAUAGGGACUUUUCACGGUAAAUUUCGUAACCGCAAACAUUUGGUCGUAAUCAUCAUUGUUCGUGAUGUACUUACUUAUAUAGAUCGCUGAUUCAAUCUUGAAAUAAAUUUCAUUUCAUGAUAUCAAUAAGCUACUAGCUGCAAUCUUUGCAACAAUCCUGUAACUAAGCUGCUGACAGUUUACAACCGAACGAAACUUCUCUGUCAUGUUGCGGAUAUGCGUACCUGAAUUUGUGGUACGUUACUCUGCCACGGAUGUGCGCAAAACUCUCGCAGAGUUAUGUUUUCUUUAGGAAGACCAUCUAACACGCUAAAACAUAAUCUAAAAAAUGUCUUUCAACCAAAGCUCGAACCGCAGACAGGCGGAAUAUGUUUUAUUACUGAAAAAAUAGAAUAUAUCAGUGGGUAAUGAUAGCCGGAUAGCUUACAAAAUUUCUCUACUGACCGACGGACAGAUUUAUCUAAAAUCAUAGCUUUUUUUUUUCUGAAAUAAACUAAAAAGUCGUAACAGAUGGAAAAAUACUUUAAGCUGGGAUCCCUAGGCCGUUCACCAAAAUUACUCCAGCGGAUGCGUAGGCAUGGAAAACGUGACGAACUAAUUUUGUAGCGGAACUGAGACUAUACAGUUCCCCACCCAUCCCAGUUCUACCCUCAACACAACUGUCAUCAUUCAAUUUCUUACUCAGUAAAUGUUCAAGAAAGUUCCACGUCGCAAAAAUGGACUGACAGUGCUCUGGAUGUUUUUGAAAGUUCGCAACUCAGUGUAGCUCGAGGACCACCGAGUGUAGCAUGAUUUUACAUCGAACCACAGGAAAUAUGCUACUUAGUGAAAUGCUAUUAUUUUUUAUAAUGGUCACAAUUUAAGAUUUCUUUUACAGACACAGACCGCGGCUAUAAUCGUCUAAAGAGCUAAUACAAGAUUAUAUGACAGUCUGUAAAAGACACCACCAAGCUAGAAAAUUACUCUGUAAAAUCAUCGGUAAAUGUGAGCUCUACCAAAUGAAUAGGCACUUUUUAUAUGAGCAUACCCAUGCAUCAAUUCACUGUAUAUCAAUGUAUAUCAUCGUACCUUCAAACAAUAAAACUUUUCCGAAGUGAGCCUAGUGUUUGCAAACUGAAAAUAUUAUGUAGAACCCUUGGCGGGUGAUCGUCUUACCGAUAAAAUAUCGCUUUUUGGUCAUUUUUGAAAUUAAGUCAAGUAAAGUCGUCUGUCCCAGUACUUAUCACUAGCUAAAACUGAUAUAACCGACAUGUCAAUAUAGUUAAGGGAAUAUUCUCUUGGUGGCCGCCUUGGCAGUAAUAGUAUGGCAAUUGACCAUGAUUAUUUAUUAUUUUUUUACUGACUUGCAAAACUAGACAGCCCACGAUUCUCUCGGAAAUUUCAAAAAGCAGAGAAAUCACCACCCAACUUGAUGUAAUGCGUCGCGCCAGUUGAAAUCGAAUAUAGGUUGUCCUUCUAAUACUCACAGUUACUCGGCAGCAAUUUUCCCACGAUAAUAAUAUCCGGACUUAACAGUCCCUAGUUAUAUCUGAGUUACAGUAAGAUAAGAACACUUGGGAUUUCACUGAUUUUAACCAGCUCUUAUUUUGAUCUUACAGCCAUCACAGCAAGCCAGGAAUGACUCAGCCUGUCAGUUUUAUCAUAACGUGUCUCCUAAGGGCUAUACGACCUUUCGGUCUUUUUUCAAUCCCAGCUGGUAUUUGGGGAUCACCAGUCAUGGACAGACCAAGUCAGCAAAAAAGACCCGAAAACAUCAAAGAGCUGCACAUUUUUUAUGA